AUGGUCAGCGUAUUUUACGAAACUCUCAGAGAUUUCUGGCCACCAGCCCCAAAGUACUUGCCAGAACAGUACCCAGACUUAACUGGAAAAUAUGUUGCUAUCACUGGUACUUCAGCUGGUAUUGGGUACCAAACUUCCAAACUAUUAUUAAAACAGAACGCUACCGUAAUUGCGUUGAACAGAAACCCUACCAAGACUUCUGAAUCCUUCGACCGUUUGAUCAAAGAAGUGUCCGAAGAUACUAAAGGACAAGUAGAGGAAAUUCGCUCAAGAUUACUAGCAGUAACCAUUGACUUGGGUGACUUGACUACCAUCAAGUCGGUAGAAAGUCAAUUGAAGAAAUUGAAGAUUUCUCAACUUGAUUAUUUAAUUUUCAAUGCAGGUGUGAUGCAACCGGCCAAUGGUUCGAAGACGGCUCAGGGUUACGAAUUGCAGAUCGGUACCAACGUCUUGGGCCACCAUCUUCUUCUGAAGUUUCUCCAUCCAUACGUGCUCAAGGCUGCUAGCACAACUUUCCAACCUCGUGUUGUAUGGUUGACUUCAUCCGCCCAUCUCGCUGCUCCUCCUAACGGGGGCAUUGAUUUUGAUUCCUUCUACAAUGCAGACAAGGCCUCUGGCUUUGACGUAUAUGGUCAAUCUAAAACAGGGAACGUAUAUCAGGCUCAGAUAUACGGUCAGAAACACAAGCAAGAUGGUAUCGUCAGUUUGGCUGUUCAUCCUGGAUACUUGGCCUCGGAUUUGCAAAGAACGUAUUCUGCAACUGGCCAAUGGUUAAUGGGGUUUUUGUUACACCCUCCAGUCUAUGGAUCGUACACCGAAUUAUUUGCAACCUUACACCCAGGAAUUACCGUUGAACAAAAUGGUAGUUACAUUGGACCUUGGGGUAAUUUCAGAUCUUUGAGAGAUGACAUUAAAGAAGGUUUGACAAAUGGUACAGCUCAAAAAUUUUGGGACUGGGCUGACCAACAAGUUGAGCCAUUUAAUUGA